AUGAGUUCAGCUGCGGCCCUUUCGCCUGGCAAGAUUCAAAGCAGUAUGGCUGCUACAAACACGGUCACACGCGACGAUGUUGCACAUGAACUGCCCAUCGAAACCGCAACAAGUCAAGACUUGAAACCGUCGUUCAACUACGAUUUGGAAGUCUUUAAUCUCUGCAAAGAGUAUUUGAAUCUGAAAAACCACCAUGGGUUGGCACUAGUCGCAAGACAAAAGGGAAUUCCUCCCUUUCUCAGGUUCAAAGUCUGGCCAAUUCUUUUAAAAUUCCACCCGUUUGUGCUAGACCCUUUUAUCCAACCAGACAGCGAUAUCAUCAACGAAGCCAAUGACCUGGACACUUCUUUGUCUUUGUCUUUCAAGAAUGCAACAAAUGAAACACCUGCCGCCAAUCAGAGCCGCUCAGUAGCCGGCGAUGACCGUGCCGCCGACCCUGAAAGCAAAGUCAAACGCGACAUUGCCAGAUAUAUUCAGCGCACCUACGGGUCACUGGCGAUAGAAAUGACUAGUAUGGAAAAAGAAAUCAUCAAGACGAUUGAAAAUGCAGUUUUGAAAUUCACCAUGAAAUGGAGCAAAAUUAUCAAAUACGACACGUCGUUAUCGUGGAUGGCUUUGAAUUUAGCAGAAUGGUUCCCUCCUGUGCCCAAUACCCCAUGGGUGUUGGUAGGAAGAGAGCAAAAGUCCUCGCACAACGCUUUGACAUGCAGCGUAUUGGAUGACUACUCACACUAUAUAGACCACGUCCCGGGUCUUGGCGAAUAUUUAAACACUUUGAUCAACAAGACUGAAAAUUCUUCGUCAAUGUCUUUUCAUGAAAUUUACGAGAGGCUAGUCUUGGUCUUGUUGCACUGCCCCGAGCCCACAGAUCGAAAGAAAAAGGAUGCCAAGACAUGUGAUUCAGCCGACAAGAAUGGAUCUAAAAAGAGCCUCCAGUUGAACAAAACGACAUUACCGGUGACUGGAGGAACGAUUGAAGAAAGGGUGUCGUUUUUCAUCUUUUGUCUUCGCAAGUUGCUUCCUGAAUUGGCACAAUACUUUCACGAAGAGCAAAUUUUAACAAAAUUUGGGUCUCUGGACGACGAAUGGUUGAUUUGGUGGCUCAAGUUCUGCGGCACCAAAGUAUGGUCGAAGCACGAUCGCGGCCGAAUAUGGGACUUUAUGUUGGGGUGGAGGCUCAAGAACCCAAAACGCAACUUUAGCUACUAUUACGAGAAGCUAAACUACGUGAACCGGAGCACGUUGGAAAAACUAGGUCCCGACAUCUUUUGGACGGUGAGCGCCGAGCAAGCCGAGGAACAGUAUUUGGAUCCUAGAAGAAACUCAUUCAAGGACCUCGUGAAGGAGCUCGACGAUAACUUGCAUGUUUCAAAGACGGAAUUUCGACAAGCAGCUUCAACUUCGCCGUCAGGAUUGCCCGCUUCGGACACGGAGGAACCAACGUUGUCGAUCCCUUUUUCGCGCAUCGACCCGCACGUGGCGCUUAUAUUCAUAUCGAUAUCUUUGUUGAAAUCGAAGGAGAAUACAUUGGUUGAAUUGGACCUGCACGAGAUCAGACAGUUUCUUUCGAGGCUUCCUUCAAAGUCCUACGAGUUUAGCAACAAGCAGAGAAGAUUGACACCGAAUUCCGCUUCCACAUCGACAUUUACGUCACCGUUGCCGCUGCCGACGGAGGAGCACCCCAUCAAUAGCAUCAUCAUUUCAAAUGACUCCCACAAUAACAAGCACAAGAUCAAUUUCAUAGACAGUAUAAUAACAGAGGCAGGAGAACAGUGGCGAAAGUGGUUGUGGACCGAGUUUGUAGACGAUAGUUGA